AUGGACCUUUUCCUUUUAACAUCUGUUCAGAGGUUCUCCUCAGCAGCAGCGAAGAGCACCACAGCAAAUACUUUUGGCUGCAGUGUUUGUUUGGGGAAGAAAAACACUACCAGAGAUCAGCUAACACAGAAGAACUUCCAUCAUGUGAAGGCAGAAUGUGAUGAAAGUCAAGCCAUCAUCACUCGUGCUCAGUCUGUCUUGGAAAGAGAAGAUUAUUUUGUUAGGGAGGUGGACAGGUAUUUGAGGCACAGUGACUUCUUGCACCUGAGAAAGAAGGAGAUCCUGUAUAAGAAAUGGCUGGGGGAUGUUUCGGAGCCCCUGCUGCAGAAAAUCGAGGAGAAAGUUGACAGCAAAUCGAGUGAAGAAAUACGGAAAAGGAACGAAGAGCAGCUCUCCCUCUAUAUAGACUACUGUAACAAGAAGGGCUACGUGGCUUUGGACACUUACAGCCCUUCCGAGUACGAUCCGCUUUUCCUGAGGACGUCUACGGACUGCUGGAAGGUUUCAAUACCAGCUUUGCAGGAUCCGCUGUUGCAAGACAUGCAGAGAAACCUUACUGAGAAAGGCAUCAUCAAGCAGUGUGAAACAGGAAGGCUCUGUUCCUCCAGAGACCUGAGCGAGCUGCGCAGGGCACAACUGCCGCUGCUUCCCUUAGGCCGGCAACGCGUGGAUGCGGCCCAGUGGCCGAGGAUCCUCCACGCCUACAUUGCCAGCGAGGUCCACCAGYGGAAGCGGCGCAAAGUUGUGGAGCCCCCCAAAGACAGCAGGAGCUCGGGCCAGCUGUCCUCACGCAGCCAUCAGUGA